UUUGGGUUCUUUUAUAUUACGUGGUGCAUUGACUCCAUUAAGCUCGCUUUCUCUCACUUUCCCGAGAAUUUUCGGUUACGGAAAAUGAAAAUUGUGAAAAAACCGUGAAUUUUUUUCUUUCUCUGGGUGAGGUGGUGGAGAUCAGUUUUGUGCCUGUGGUGUAAUGAGGAGCUCGUUUUUGUUGGUUUGUUUAAGUUCUGUUUGGUUGCUGAGAAAAUUAAGUGCAAAGGAGAGGAAUUGAGACGCUUUUUUUUCGUUGUUGUGUGGUUUUAGUAGAGGACGAGUUUCAGCUUUUGAAUCGUUGAAAGGCCGGAAAGAAAUCGGCUUUUGUUGAUGGCUUGAUUAUAUUUCUGGAUGAAUGUAUUGGCUUGGAUUUUGUAGGAAGAUCAGGUUUAUUGCUUAUAUUACAUGUGUGAGAGCUUAGUAGUGGAGAUUGAGAAUGAGUUGGAACCCACAUAUGGAAGUUCAUUAUGUGAACACCAGCUAUCCUUAUAGUACAGCUGGAAGCUUUAUGGAGUACUUUGAAGGACUUACGUAUGAUCAUGUGAAUUUCAUAUUUUCUGGUGCUUCACAUGCUCAGGAGAGCGUGUACCCACAAAUGAAUACGAGUUUUUACAAGUUUGGAUUUUCUGAACCUGGGAACACUUCUUAUUAUGAUCAUGGUCAUACCUAUGCGGUGAAUGAUCACGAACCUAGAAUUGAUGAGUACAGAAGACCUUUUGAGAACUCUUCGACAAUGGUUAAUGAACAGGCUGCUGCAGCACAGACAGAAUGGGAAGGAAAUGCAGCCACUAGUACUACUACGCAUGACAACCCUAUAGAAUGCCCACGGAGACAUCAUAAUUCUCAUGAUUAUCAGGUCAUUUGGCAAGACAACAUUGAUCCUGAUAACAUGACCUACGAGGAAUUACUUGAAUUAGGUGAGGCAGUAGGAACUCAAAAUAGAGGUCUUUCUCAAGAACAGAUUUCUUUGCUUCCAAUCUCAAAGUACAAGUGUGGUUUUUUCUCAAGAAAGAAGUCACGAGAUGAGAGAUGUGUGAUUUGCCAGAUGGAAUAUAAACGAGGUGACCGACGGAUCACACUACCAUGCAAGCAUGCCUACCAUGCUAGUUGUGGGACCAAAUGGCUUAGCAUCAAUAAGGCUUGUCCCAUAUGUUACACUGAGGUGUUUGCUGAUGCUUCAAAAGAUUCGAAACAGUAAGGAAUAAUCACUAAGAAGAGAAGUGUCAUACCUUUUUUCUUUGUUUCUCAAGUUCAUUAUUUUUCUUCCACACAAAGUUGUUUGUUUCACUCUCCCACUUGCUUAUGUUAAAAAAAAAAAAAAAAAAAAAUCACUUCCUUUAGUAAAGAACCAUUUUAUUAGCUUCUACAAUAAGGGAAUUCAGACUAUACAUGAUUGGAUGUGUUAGUAAGGUAGGAGAUUGCAGCAAGUUUGUAUGAUUCAUCAUAUUCUAUCUUCUUUACUUUUCCAAGCAAGAUUUUAUUUUUCUCUA